AUGCAGUCGAUGCACCGUCUCAAGAUAAUGUUUAAUGUCGAUUUGUGGACGAAGACUUCAGGACACGCGAAGGAUGUGGAUUGUGAUUACCAAACAUCUAUUUCAUAUUAGUCAUCUGUACAAAGAUCCACCAAUUGUGUGCUGAACUAAGUCAGCAUAAUUAUCAUCGCAUUUAUUUCUCCAUAAACUUUUGGAUUCACAAAGAAACUUAUCUCAAUAGCAUUCAAAUCUAGGAGACGGGUACUUGUUAACACCGCCAAAUUUGCUUGUUCUUAGUUCGCUUUUGGUUGGUACCCAGCUUGCGAUUAGAGGAGGAGAGAGAGAGAGGCGCAGGGUGAAGGCGAACGGGAAGCGUAGAGAGGGAGCGGGGUUGAUGGAAUCUCAACCAUUCGCCUUGCGGAACAAGUACUGGGUGCUGAGGCACGGCCGAAGCGUCCCCAACGAGAGAGGUCUCAUUGUCUCUUCUCUGACUCAUGGUAAGCUACCGGAAUAUGGGCUCGCACCUGAAGGAGUUCAACAAGCUAAAGCUGCUGGGGAGUCAUUCCUUAUGGAAUUGAAGACCAACAAUAUAGCACUUGAAAAUGUUCGCAUAUGCUAUUCUCCAUUUGCAAGAACACGUGAAACAGCCGAAGUUGUGGCUAGUGUACUAAACAUUCCUUUUGGAAGUCAACUAUGUAAGGAAAUGGAAGAUCUUCGAGAGCGUUUCUUUGGUCCGACUUUCGAGCUUCUGUCCCAUGAAAAAUAUUCAGAGAUUUGGGCCCUUGAUGAAGUGGAUCCAUUCAUGGCACCUGAAGGUGGUGAAAGUGUUGCAGAUGUUUCUGCAAGACUUGCAAAAGCAUUAGCAACUAUGGAAGCAGAAUUUCAUGGGUUUGCAGUUUUGGUGGUUAGCCAUGGUGAUCCACUCCAGAUCCUACAAACAAUUUUACAGGCAUCAACUCAAAACGAGUAUGCCAGUGAUUUGGUUUCAAGAAUAAGGGGAGUUAUUGUUCCAAAUAUCUUGUCACAACACCGAAAGCAUGCGUUACUCACUGGAGAACUUCGACGAGUAGCUUGAUUUAAUUCAAAUGGGGCAGAGAACUUGGAAAUCCAUCUAUUCUAUUUAAUGAAUCGGGGAAAAGUUAGAUUGAAUAGGCAUUGCUACCAAGCAUCAUACUGUGCCUUCUGCAACUUCAACAGUGCCGACAACAAAUUCUUGAAUGAUGAGUUGGUAAACCUAAGAACGCCAAUAAACGUCUGGAAUGUAUUCAUUACAACAAUUUCUGUUAGUAACGUGAUGGCUCGUUUGGUUUGAAAAGACCUUUCUUGUCAGUAAACUUAA